CCUCCACAUCAUACCACACGAUAACAUCAUCGCAGUACAACCACCGUGCGCGCUGGGUGACACAUCCGAACACCACACUCUGUCUUCGUGACACAAAGAGCCCCCGUCAAAACGGGAUAGCACACAAAGCUUAAACACACAGCCUCAACUGCAAUGUUAUGUGCAUAGCUUCCACACCGAAUCAUCAUCAGACAUAAUACAACAAGGAGACGCUGUGUAUAUCAAGGAGAGCGAGCUUUGGCAUUGUGCAAUCACAUGUAUCAGGAUUCCAUCACGCUACUCAAUUCAUAGGCUCUAUCGAAAUCUUCAGCUGUUUUCGUGUGUAUCUUUGCAAGCCUCUACAGCCCGCUUCAACCGUGUCAUUAUACACACGGUGCAAUGUUGAAGUUCUUCCAGUUUGGAUCUACACAAGAGGGUGACUCCACCAGCCUAUCGUCCGAGAUGAGUGGCGAAGGGUGCCAUGGCGAGGCCGGGAGAACCCUACUUGACCAUUGCCGUUGCUGUGGGACGUUGAUUAAGUACCCGGAAUCGGUUACAAAGUAUAAGUGCUCUGUCUGUCAUUCAACACAGUCUACGGACAAAGCCAGCAGACCUUCGCAUGAACAUCUCACGUUGGACUUGAACACGGUGCUAGAUUUGGAUACACAGUGUAAGUUGAACUUGGCCAAAGGUAUGGAUCUCCACAGUGCAUAUGAACCAUUGGAGAGAUACCUUACAGCGAGAUUCGGGUCUCUUGAAUGUUUAAAGAAUUCGUUCAAAACCCAUUUAGGAAAUAGGCCAUUGGAUAUCAACAACGAGGAGUUAUACCAGUUGUACCGUAUAGUGAUAUCAUUGCCAACAAGAAGGCCAUACGUAAAGUUAUUGAUGGCUGUGAACGAGACGCUUCUAAGACCACAGGGGAAUUUAGAUUCAUUGGGGGAUAUUCGUUCACUGUUGAUACUAUGGGAACUACCAACGUUGAAGCACUGUCUUUAUCACUCAAGGAAACCGACAAAGAAGGUAUCCAGGUUAGAGACACCUGAAAUUAAAUCAUUGUCAUACGAGAUUGUGAAAAGGGUAAUUGGUUAUUUGUCUAAUGCUGACCUCACGCUACUUUCUUCUUUAACAAACUUCUUUCAUUCAUGGACUACACAACAGUUGGCUUCGAAAGUUCAAUUGUUGAACCUAUACAUCACUUUCCAUUUGACAAGGAUCGUUAAUGCGCAAUCAUCUAUGAGCGCAUUCCAAUCAAGCAGUCCAAACCUUUCUGAGUAUUCAAAUUCAUCCAAAUUAAACUCAUCUUCAGAUUCAUCAGCUUGUGAAACCCCCUCGAGAGUUGGCUCUUUGAAUGUUGGUGCACGUUUACCAAGGAGUAUCAGCCUAUGGAAUGAUCGGUCAACUUCGAUAUUUCCCACAAGGGAACAGAGAAACGUAAAGCUUAAAGUCUCACAGUACGGCAAUGACUGGCAUAUUAAAUCAGCUUCAAGGCUUUUGUCGAUGCUCUUUGUUGCAAAUAACAAGCAAUUACCCGUGUGUGCGUUCUACAACGUGGUUUCAGAUCAUAUUCUGCUUAAACAAGACUUUGAUGUUUGGCAAUCGAGCUUUAAGAAACCAGAGAAGAACGAUCCAAAUAGAGCUCUAAGAGAGAUUCUAAACUGUGGAACUAUCUUGGGAGAUAACAAUACAUCAAGGAUUCCACAGUUUACGUUUUGCCAGUUCCCGUUCCUUCUUUCUCUUGGUGCAAAGAUAUCGAUCUUAGAGUACGAAUCGAAGAAGUCCAUGGAGCGAAUGGCAGAGGAAGCUUUUAUACAUGCAUUGGACAACAGGGUCCCAACUUCAGUGAACGUUGUAUUUCACAUCAGAAGAAGCCACAUCACAGACGAUUCAUUGCAUUGCAUUAAACAGCAUCAAAACGAAUUGAAGAAGGCGUUGAAGAUUGAGUUUGUUGGCGAGCCUGGCGUUGAUGCUGGAGGGUUGAAGAAGGAGUGGUUUCAACUAUUGAUCAGGGACUUGUUCAAACAAGAUAAUGGUAUGUUCCUGUUCAACAGUGAGUCCAGAUUGUGCUGGUUUGCACCUGAACCAUCCGAGAAGAACGAUGAACUAUUCUUCUUAGUUGGUGUUAUAUUGGGGCUUGCCAUAUAUAACUCCACCAUUUUGGACCUCAAGUUUCCUCUUGCUUUGUACAAGAAGCUCUUAGGCAAAAGCAUCCAUCUAGACGAUUACACUGAACUUUGUCCUUCAACAGGCGAAGGACUUAGAAAGCUGUUGCACUGUGAUCAUGAUGAGGUUGAAGAGAUGGGAAUAUAUUUCGAAACUAGUUUCCAGAGCGGCCCUGGAGAGGUCAUUACGAGAGAAUUGUGUCCUAAUGGAUCAAAGAGAUUGGUUACUCACGAGUCUCGCAGGGAGUACGUCAAUAGAUGGGUUGAUUUUUACAUGAAUAGGUCAAUUGAGGAGCAGUUCAACAGCUUUAACCGUGGGUUUCAAAUGAUAAUCGGCGGGAAUGCCAUCUCUCUAUUUGCUCCUCGAGAAAUAGAAAUGAUCAUCUGCGGUAACGGUGAUACCAGAAUUGACGUAUCUUCCUUAAAGAGUAUUACAAAAUACAACGGCUGGAGCUCCUCAGAAGAGGCUUCGAACUCACAAUUGAUCAAAUGGUUCUGGGAGUGGGUUGAAACGUUGAACAAUGCCAAACAGAAACAAUUCUUAUGCUUCGUGACAGGGUCAGGACGUAUUCCGGCAACAGGCAUAACAACGAUGAGCUUCAAGAUCACAAGGCUCAAGAGCUAUGGGACGUCUACAAGGCUACCAAUGGCGCACACGUGCUUUAACGAGCUUUGUCUCUUUGAGUAUAGGUCGAGGGAGGAGAUGUUCAGAAAGCUCAACAUCAGCAUUAGUGAAAGUGAAGGCUUUGGACUAAGAUAAGGGUUAUAAAUAUGGGGAUAAAGGUCAUACAGAAACAAUAG